AUGUCACUGUGUUUGGGACACCCUGUUCAUGGGUACUAUACGUCCUCCGCGAACCCAGUCUUCGGAAAAGCUGGCGACUUCAUCACAAGCCCUGAAAUUAGCCAAGUCUUCGGAGAGCUCAUAGGCAUCUGGUACCUCACGAGGUUUAGCGCUCACCCAAAGCCUGCGUUGCGACUAGUCGAGCUAGGUCCUGGGCGUGGUACGCUGAUGGAAGACAUACUGCGCGUAUUCAGGCAGCUCUUGUCUAAGCUGCCUGUACCUCCGGAGAUAUCCGUACACCUCGUCGAAACCUCGCAACCGAUGCGCAAGCUGCAAAAGUCGAAGUUGUCGGCCUUCGGGCACGACGUGCAUUGGUACGACUCCAUAGACGAUGUCCCACAGGACGUCGAUGGGAAGACGUUUACCAUGGUCCUCGCCCAUGAGUUCUUUGACGCCUUGCCUAUCGAUAUAUACCAAAAAAUGGACGAAGAAAACUUCCUAGAGAAGCUCGUAACCUCUACCGAGGACGCAUCAGGUACAGAGCGUCUUCGGGCAGUCCCCUCGACCAUGACUCCCAAGGCCGCGCUCUUGAACACCGCCGUCCAAACCUACUCGGCGCCCAAAAAAACCGGCUUCGCGGACCCCUUGGACGCCCUCGCGCGCCGCCUCGCUGCCCUGCCCGCCGGCGCCUCCGCGGAGAUCUGCUGGCCUGCGUGGGACAUCGCGGCGAGCAUCUCGAAGCUGCUGAGGGGCGGCGGAGCGGGCUUGGUUAUCGACUAUGGCGGGGAGCGUAUGUUUGGGGAUAGCUUUAGGGCUUUCAAGCAACACAAGAUCGUAUCGCCGUACGAGACUCCGGGUCAGUGCGACCUGACGGCGAAUGUCGACUUCAAAUUCCUACGCCACGCUUUCGAGAGCGUGAAUCACAAGUCUGACUCGGACAACGACCGCCCCUCGCCCCCCAUCCGCACGCACAUGCUCCUAACGCAGGCCGCCUUCCUCCAGGGCAUGGGCGUCGACGUCCGGCUGCAGAAGCUGCUUGACGCCGCGCGCCGCGAGGGCGGCGAGGCGGGCAAGGAGAAGGAGAAGCGCCUGCGGCAGGGCGUGGAGAGGCUGAUCGGGACGGGCGUGGAGAGGCUUAUCGGGACGGGCGUGGAAAGGCCCAUCGGGACCAGCAUGGAGCAGCCCGCUGGGAAGAACAACGUCGAAGCUACGAACCCAGAAAAUGGCAUUGAAGGACGCGGUAGCGGGAUGGGCAAGGAGUACAAGGUGCUGGGGAUAACGACGGGCGAGGGCGAAGAUGUCUGGCCGUUCAUCUAG